AUGAUUGGUCCUCUUUGUCGUCAGUGGCUUCUCGUAGCCGCAUGCCUCAUCCUGGUCAUUAGCCCGACCAGGGCACAGGCGCCCCCCGAUGCCUACCUGCAGACUCCAGUGCAGCGUCAGCUCGACUGGCAUCGGAUGGAAUACUAUGCGUUCAUCCACUUCGGACCCAACACCUUCACCGACGAAGAAUGGGGCAGGAGUCAGCAGCCCCCCGACGUCUUCAACCCGACAGCGCUGGACACGGACCAAUGGGCCAAGUCGUUCGCCGAUGCAGGCAUGUCCGGCAUGAUAUUGACAGCGAAGCAUCAUGACGGCAUGGCGCUGUGGAACACCACCACCACCAAUUACAAGAUUGCCAAUGGCAGCUGGGCCAAGAAUCGCUCCACAGCUGAGUUGGAGUCUGACGUGGUCCGUAUGGCUGCCGCCUCGGCGAAGAAGUAUGGUCUCAAGUUUGGGGUGUACUUGUCACCCUGGGACAUUCACCGCGACCCAGCUAUGCCGAAGCCUUUGCUCAAUGGCACCAUUUACGACGAGCCGCAAAUAUUUGGCGAUAAUAACGACGGCGACUACAAUGACCUCUACCGCCGCCAACUCACGGAGCUGGUGAACAUGACUCUGACGGACGGAGGCCCUGUAUCGCUCUUCGAGAUCUGGCUUGACGGCGCCAGCGGCUCUAGCACUGUCCAAACCUUCGACUGGACAGGCUUCCGCGACAUCAUCCGCACGCAUCAACCCUCAGCGAUCAUGUGGGGUCACCAAGGUGUGGACGCUCGAUGGGUGGGCAAUGAGGACGGCGUGACGGUGCCCACCAACUGGCACACCAUCAGCCGGACGCAGGACCAAGAGCGCCUCAGCGAGGCGGAUCUGCAAACAGGCCUCCGGGAUGGACUGUACUGGACUCCGGCUGAGGCUGACGCCAGAGUGCGGACUGGUUGGUUCUGGCACGCCAACGAACAGCCCAAGACGGGACAGCAGCUCUUGGACAUGUACUUCCAGUCUGUGGGGCGAAGCGUGAACCUCCUCUUGGACGUGCCACCGGACACCACAGGGCAGAUAACUAAGGAGGACAAGGAUGUCCUAAUGGAGUUCAAGCGUCUCAGAGACAGCUUUCUUGGCCGCAACCUAGCCACUCCUGAUUUAGAAGUCACGGCCAGCAGUGUCAGAGGUGGGAACAACUCUACAUUUGGCCCUGCAAACGUCCUGAGCUCCUCAACCGAUACCUACUGGACCAUGAAUGAUGAGGAGCGCACAGGCUGGUUGGAAAUUGAUCUGGGUACCACGGCUCGCGUCGAGGCUUUCAUAAUUCAGGAGCACAUUGCCCUGGGUCAGCGGGUUGGCGGAUACGCCAUUGAAUGCCUAAUGGAUGGAGCGUUUGAGAACGUUGUCAACGGCACGUCUCUGGGCUACAAGCGCAUCAAUAGGCUCGGUAGCGCGAUGGACACCAGCCGAAUUCGUUUUCAGGUAACACAGGCAAACGCGGUGCCUCUGAUACAGAGCAUUCAGGUUCUUGGCACCAAAACUUAA